AUGGCCGAGAGGGUAGAAGGUCUUUUAAUUCAACAAAUCACCUCGAUCGCGGCGAUACAACGAGUGAUCGUGAAUUAUAAAAAACUCCCGAAAGCUCAAGUUACGUUGGCCAAGGCAAGAAAUCGGAAGGAGCACUUGGAGAAACUGUGGGAUGGAUCCCGUCAAACCCAUAAGUUGCUGCUCCAGUCUACCAAAGCGGAGGACCAAAAGAGCAUCUCCUACUUCAAGGACAACACUUUCCUCGAAGCAGAGGACGCCUUCUUCGAAGCGGCUGACUUCCUCAACGAGGCCAUCGCCCAGCUGGACGUCGGUGGUAAAACCUCAUCUGAACCAAGAUCUCGAAAAAUCGCUUCCCGUUUUUACGCGAAACUGGAGCAACGGCUGUUUAAGCAGCUGAAUCUCGAGUCUCAGUAUCAUGACUUCUUGUCGGAAUAUCUUUCCAUGGGUCACAUGGAACGAGUUGAAGAAGAACAGGCCCUGAAUCUCUCGGCAAUAUACAUCCCUCAUCACCCCGUCGUGCGACUAUCCAGCAGCACGACCAAGCUUAGAGUCGUAUUUAACGCAUCUGCAAAAACUCCAUCAGGAAAGUCGCUAAACGAUCACCUUAUGAUCGGUCCGAAACUGCAGCGAGAUUUAGCGGCUAUUAUCCUGCGCUGGCGAUUGUUUCGUUAUGUGUACACUGCGGACAUCGCGAAGAUGUUCAGACAGAUCUUAAUCAAUCCAGCCGAUGCCGACUAUCAGAGGAUAUUAUGGCGAUCGCACCGAGAUCAACCCAUUUUUUCGUAUCGAUUGCUUACCGUGACGUAUGGUCUCGCCUCCGCGCCUUACCUUGCCAUUAAAGUUUUAGAUCAAUUAGCUCUGGAUGAAGGCAGCAACUUUCCCGCUGCUAUUCCUGUUCUGCAAGAUUCAAUUUAUGUCGACGAUGCCAUUUUCGGUGCGGACGAGAUUCAUACUCUCCGCGAUAUCCGCAACCAAUUAGUCGACCUCAUGCGUCGGGGGGGCUUUCAACUCCGCAAGUGGGCCGCCAACGCGGCCGAAUUAUUCGAAAACAUUUCUAUUGAAGAACAUGAAUCAGCUUCUGAUCGUCCGCUCGGUGAGGACGAGUCUCUGAAGGUUCUUGGGGUUACGUGGACCCCUUCCAAAGAGGCGUUUCAUUUCCAUAUUGACGCUUGCUUACCCGCGAAAUAUACUAAGCGGAGUAUACUGUCGAUCAUCUCAAAUAUAUUCGAUCCUCUAGGAUGGGCCUCCCCCGUGAUUAUUGUGGCAAAAAUAAUGCUUCAAGAGCUUUGGCUCCUAAAGAAAGAUUGGGACGAAGAAAUUCCUAUCGACUUUUGCAAAAAAUGGUACGAGUAUUGCGAGCGUUUACCACAACUCAGUGAAGUAAGGAUGCCUCGCUGGACCGGGGCGCGAAACAGUAAUAUCGCGAUCGAAUUACACGGGUUUGCCGAUGCGUCACAUCGAGCUUACGCUGCCGUGGUUUAUUUAAGAGUCCUCCACUCUUUUUCUGAAGCCCAAGUCGCCCUACUGACGGCAAAAAGUAAAGUAGCCCCGCUCAAAACCGUAAGCAUUCCACGUUUGGAGCUAAACGCGGUUGUAUUGUUAACGCGAUUGCUUGAGUGGACCUUAUCCACCUUAAAGCUCCAAUCCACUAGUAUUUACGGUUGGAUCGACUCUACGGUGGUUUUGGCCUGGCUCAAGCAACAUCCAGCUACUUGGAACACUUUCGUCGCCAAUCGCGUGUCCGAAGUUCAGACCCGCCUUCCGCGAGUGACGUGGAAACACGUAAGAUCUCAAGACAAUCCAGCCGAUUGCGCUUCACGCGGUAUCUGCGCUUCCGACCUUGCGGUUCAUAAGUUGUGGUGGUCCGGACCAGAAUGGUUGUCUCGUCCGUCCGUAUUUUGGCCGGACAUGGAAUCCUCGAAUACUGAUAGACCGGACGCGCGUGAAAUCGCGUUAUCCGAAUCUCGAAAAUCGCAUGUUCACCACGCAUCUCCGCUUUCAGAAUGGGACCUUCCUUCUCAAUUCUCGAGCUGGACUCGACUGUGUAGGGUCACCGCAUACAUAUUACGAUUUACUCAAAGAACGCGCAAACGACUAGUUGCGCUUCCUCCAAAUGCAAGGUCGUUGACCGCUGACGAAAUUCGUGACGCUUCUCUCUUUUGGAUGUCUUACGUUCAAAAACAUCACUUUUCCGCCGAGCUUAAAUUCCUAACCAAUAGCGUGCCGCUUCCAAGGUCCAGCUCACUUAUUUCCUUGCACCCCGUCAUCGGGAGAGACUCACUAAUUCGGCUUGGCGGGCGGCUCGAACACUCCGCCCUCAGCUACGACGAAAAGCAUCCGAUCAUAUUGCCCAAGCACCGAGUUUCCGAGCUUUUAAUUGAUCAUGCGCACAAGCGCACCCUUCACGGAGGCGUUCAAUUGACUCUCCGUGUCCUCAGACAACAAUAUUGGAUAAUAUCCGCGAGGUCCUUAGUUCGCGGGCAUAUACAUCGUUGUGUAACCUGCGUCCGCCAGAGAGCCCAAUCGGCUACUCAGCUGAUGGGCGCUCUUCCAGACGUUCGAGUCAAGCCCUCCGCCCCGUUUUCACAUACCGGGCUCGACUAUGCCGGCCCAAUAAACGUACUUCCAAUUGUCGGUAGAGGUCAAAAAACCAGAAAAUAUUACAUUGCGAUCUUCGUAUGUCUCGCAACUAAAGCCGUGCACCUCGAAUUAGUCGAGGACUGCACCACCUCCGCGUUUCUAGCUGCCCUGAAAAGAUUCGCCAGUCUCCGCGGGGUUCCCUCGUUCUUAUACUCCGAUAACGGUACCAAUUUCCGAGGCGCCGAUCGCGAAUUACGAGAGACCUUCCAUACCUUGAUUUCUGAUUCGACUCUUAAAAAUUUAUUGGCGAACGACGGAAUCACGUGGAAGUUCAUCCCCCCUUCUGCCCCGCAUUUUGGUGAACUCUGGGAGGCGGGAGUAAAAAGUGUUAAGUAUCAUUUGAAACGAGCAGUGGAAGCCCACACUUUGUCUCAGAGCGAAUUCUCCACCGUAUUGUGCCAAGUUGAGGCGUGUUUGAACUCCCGCCCGAUAUCAGCGCUCACCGACGAGCCGACCGACCUGUCUGCGUUGACUCCCGGUCACUUCAUCAUUGGUCGACCUAUUGUAGCGAUUUCCGAGGAAUCUGCCUUGGAAAUUAAUCCGAACAGGCUCGAUCGAUGGCAGCACGUCCAAAGAAUAACCGAGCAGAUCUGA